AUGAGGAGAACUUCAGUGUCGCUGCCCACCAAGCACGCUGCCUACGACCCCCACGAGAAGACAGAUCGAUACUACCCGAGCCAGCGAAACCAAGGCCUGUUCAGCAGCAUGAAAGAAACCAUGCUGUCGCAGGCGCAGAAGUCGCGGUGGCUCAAGACGGGCGCGCUGGUCCUGAUCUUGAUGUGCCUGUUCUACUGGCUGUCGCCCACCGGUGUCGAGCAUGGUGCUGCCGCUGCUGGCAACGGCGCUCCCAACAGCGGCCAGUCCCCCGUGGACUCUUCGUACGGCACCGACAAGUGCUCCAAGUCGUACUCCAAGGACAAGCCCAUCGUUCAGUAUGUCCUCAUGAUCGACGCGGGCAGCACCGGUUCGCGAAUCCACGUCUACAAGUUCAACAACUGCGGUCCCAUCCCCGAGCUCGAGAAGGAGGAGUUCAAGAUGACUGAAAAGUCUGUCGGUGGCUUGAGCGCUUUCAAGAACGAUCCCGUGGCUGCUGCCAAGAGCCUCGACCCCUUGAUGGCUGUCGCUAUGGAACACGUCCCCGAGGCGCUCAAGAAGUGCUCCCCCGUCGCUGUCAAGGCUACCGCCGGUCUGCGUUUGAUCGGCAAGGAGCUCGCUGAUGCCAUCUUGGUCGAAGUCAGGCGACACCUGGAGCAGGACUACCCCUUCCCAGUCGUCUCUGCGGAGCAAAACGGCGUUGCCAUCAUGGACGGUUCGGACGAGGGUGUUUAUGCUUGGAUCACCACCAACUACCUCCUGGGCAAGAUUGGCGGUCCCGACAAGAGUGAGACUGCUGCUGUUUUCGACCUCGGUGGUGGCUCAACCCAGAUUGUCUUCGAGCCUACCUUUAAGGGAGUUCCCGGCGGAGGCAUGCCCGAGAAGCUGGCUCCUGGUGAUCACAAGUACGAGCUUGACUUUGGCGGCCACAAAUUCGACCUGUACCAGCACUCUCACCUUGGCUACGGCUUGAUGUCCGCUCGCAAGGCUCUCCAUUCCGCCUUGAUUGACGAAUUGGUCAAGGUCAAGGGAGACGACCAAACCUGGAUGAACUCGCCCGUCGUGCACCCCUGCAUUGCCCCCGGCACCACCAAGGCCAUCGACGUCGAGGUCAGCGGCGGCGAGGCCCGUACCUUCAACUUCACUGGACCUUCCCAGCCCUCCCCGGCCCAAUGCCGUAACAUUGCCGAGAAGAUCCUGAAGAAGGACGCCGACUGUGCCCUCGCCCCUUGCUCGUUCAACGGUGUCCACCAACCCGCCCUGUCCAAGACAUUUGCCAAGGAGGACGUCUACAUCUUCUCAUACUUCUACGACCGCACCAAGCCCCUCGGCAUGCCCGACUCCUUCACCCUACGUGAGAUGCACGAUCUCACUCACAAGGUCUGCGAGGGCAAGGAUGCCUGGGACGUCUUUUCCAGCGUCCCCGGUGCGCUGGAGGAGCUUGAGGACCGACCCGAGCACUGUCUGGAUUUGAACUUUAUGAUGGCUUUGCUGCACACUGGAUAUGAGAUGCCCAUUGACCGUGAGGUCAAGGUUGCCAAGAAGAUUAAGGGUAAUGAGCUGGGUUGGUGUCUUGGAGCUAGUUUGCCGCUUUUGGCUCCUGGCUCGGGCUGGUCAUGCAAGAUCAAGGAGGUUUCAUAA